AUGUCUUCCAACGACAACAGUUUUGAAGUAACCAACAGCAAACAUGAACUUCCGCAAUCCAGUCAACAUUCUUUAUCCGUCUACAAAAAUGUAUCCCUCAAAACUGGUAAAAAACCUAAGAAACAUGCAGGCUUCGUUAACAUUAACUAUAACCACUGCGACGUCACCGAGAAGAUAUUCAUGGACCAGAAAUUGAAGAUCAAGAUGCUCCAUAACAAACUUGGAGCAGCUCAGAUACACAUCAAUGAAUUGACAAACGAGAAUAGGCUCCUGAAGCAACUACAAUCGAAGCAGGACACCGUCCUGAGUCGUUUGGAGAACUGCAAGUCCAAGUUGCCUCAAUUACUUCGAAACCAGGAUGAAGACAUGCGUAGUUGUCAGAACAAGUACCAUCAUAUGAGGAAGGAGUUACGAGGAGUUGCGCAUAAACUUAAACAGACCGAGAAGAAGUUGUGCAGUCUCCAAGAGGCUUAUGUGCGUCUCCAGAUUUUGAGCGAGGACCGCAAUUUACCAGAACGCCAACAAUUGAUGGAGGAAAAUAUGAAACUCCAGGACGACAUUGCUAAACAGAGAGAUGCCAAUGUGCAACUGGAGAAGAGCAUGCAGUUAUUGAGUAAGAAUUCUAAGGUCCAGAUGAUGAACGAGAAUAGUAAGCAUAAGGAGACCAAGAAGGCUUUGGAGAUUGCAGAGAAUGAGGUUGCAAGGUUGUUACAAGUUCUGGAGUCUCGGGAUAAGUAUAUUGCUAUGCACCAUAUUAGAUCAGGAACCAGAAGUCUAGGUAACAAAAUUAAAGAUGUGACACCUAAAAUUAGUGUUAUCAAAGAAGCACCAAAGAAAAUUGUCAGGAAUAAAACAUCAUCAACUAAGGUUGAUGAUGCCAAAAGAAGUGGCAAAGUAUCUAAUACACUUGUGGACCGUGCAGAUAUUUUGAAGAGCAUCAAAGCAGGCGUUGAUAGCAUCUCAUUAGAAAUUACUCAAUCUAACGACUCAAGCAACUUUCUUGAUCCUGAUGAGUACGACACCAGCAGCAUUGAGGAUAUGACUUCUAGCAACCAAGAAGAAAACAGGGAUACACCUUUGGUACAAGAUGAUGACAAGGAUUUUUUAGUCUUCACCAGAACCAGACCAGGCAUGUUUUCCAACUAA